AUGAAUAUUCAUUGGGAAAGGCAUCCUGAACGUGUGUCUCACUACACACAGCAUGAAAGUGACAUCAAGAUGGAAGGGGUGGAAUUUCCCGUCCCCCUCACGAAAAUUCCAUCUAUUGAGAAGAUGAACAAUCUUAGGAUCAAUGUUUUCGGAUGUGACAACAAUGAAGUUUUCCCGUUAUGCAUCUCCAAACGGGAGGAUGAAGACUGUAUCAACUUGCUGCUCAUCACCAACGAGGAGACGCAACAUUAUUGUCUCAUCCGAGACAUGUCACGCCUUGUGGCCAACUUAUCCAAACAUCAUCCAAAAUGUUUCAUUUGUUAUCGCUGCCUGCAUCGAUUCUCCAGUGAACGUCUAUUGAAGGAACAUCACGAGUUCUGCAAAGACCUGAGUCCACAGAGGGUAAAAUUACCGGAAGAGGGGAAGAAUAUUUUAAAGUUCGAAAAUAUUCAUUUUCAACACUCGCUCCCCUAUGCCAUCUACGCGGACUUUGAGUCGCUUAUCGUCCCGCUGCAUUCAGCAACACCCGAAGAUGCUACAUCAUACACGGAAAAGGUUGCUCGUCAUGAUGCUUGUGGCUACGCCUAUCUUGUAGUCGGCCCCGAUGGAAAAACCACAAAACCUAUCACCGUAUAUCGGGGUCCCGACGCAUCAACUCAUUUCGUGGAAAAUUUGUUGAAUGAGCCGGCCGAAAUUGCAGAACAAUUGAUGGAUGUGAAGCCCCUAUGCCUUUCCCAUCAAGAAGAGCAAAACUUCAAAGUGGCAUCAUCAUGUCAUAUUUGCCAGGGAAGAUUGGGAACUGACAGAGUUCGGGACCAUGACCAUCUCUCUGGGAAGUAUCGUGGUGCUGCGCACAGUCAGUGCAACUUGAAGUUUCGUUUGCGGAAAAUGAUCCCUGUCAUAUUUCACAACUUGAAAAAUUAUGAUGCACAUCAUAUCGUAAAAACCCUGGGCACCUUCAAGGAUUAUGAAUACGAGGUGAUUCCGACGAACAUGGAGAAGUACAUCUCAUUCUCAAUAGCACCUAGAGAGGAGAAACGAGGGGAAAAGGUGAAGUUGGUCUUCCUAGACAGCUUUCAGUUUCUGCCGACGUCGCUGGAGAAAUUAGUGAGCAAUAUGCUACCUGCUAAUUUCAAGCUUUUGGCCGAUCACAUGCCUGCAGAUAAAAUCCACCUCUUAUUACGUAAGGGGGUCUAUCCAUAUGAGUAUAUGAAUUCCUUCGAAAAGUUUGACGAAGAUGCACUCCCUCCAAGGUCAUCGUUUUUUAGCUCUCUCUCAAACAGCGGCAUCAGUGAUGAGGACUAUCGUCAUGCACAAACUGUUUGGGAGAAGUUUCAUCUCAAGACUCUUGGAGAGUAUCAUGACCUCUACGUAGCUUCUGACGUUCUCCAACUCGGUGAUAUACUACAAGGGUUCAGAAAUUUGUGUCAAACUUAUUAUUCGAUUGACCCCCUAAACAUGUACACCUCACCAGGAUUAGCUUGGCAAGCAUGUCUGAAGAUGACGAAUCAGCCCCUCGAAUUGUUCACGGACAUUGAUAUGCACCUAUUCAUUGAACGUGGCAUUCGAGGUGGUAUUUCUGUUAUUACAAAAAGGUAUGCAAAAGCCAACAAUAAAUACAUGAAAAAUUUUGAUCCAUCCAGCCCAUCUAAAUACAUUAUGUACCUUGAUGCCAAUAAUCUAUACGGCUGGGCGAUGAGUCAGCCGCUACCCUACGGUGAAUUAAAAUGGAUGUAUGCUAGCCUGGUGACGGAAGACUGGAUCAAGGCCAUUUCUCCGGACAGUGACAUGGGAUACGUAUUAGAGGUGGAUCUGCACUAUGAUGAAAAAUUGCAUACAAUUCACAAUUCCUACCCUCUUUGCCCCGAAUCUUUAAAAAUAAGUGAAGAUAUGCUGUCGCCUACGGCAAAGAAAAUUAUGGAGACGACACAUAUGGUGAAAUUUCAUGAAUCCCAAAAAUUGGUGCCAAAUCUAAGAAACAAGGAGCGGUAUGUCAUCUACAAUAGAAAUUUGCAGCUAUAUCUGUCACUCGGUCUCCAACUGAAGAAAGUGCACAAAGUGCUAUCCUUCAAACAGAAGGCCUGGCUAAAGCCAUACAUCGAAUUUAACACGGAGAAGAGGAAGAAUGCUGCCAACUCCUUUGAGAAGGACUUUUUCAAACUCCUAAAUAAUUCGGUGUAUGGUAAAACGAUGGAGAAUCUCAGGAACCGAGUGGACAUACAACUGGUGCAUGAUGAGCGACGUGCAAAGAAGAUGGUUGCUGCUCCGAGCUUCAAAUCAUUUAAAAUCUUCACUGAAGAAUUAGUAGGGGUGGAGAGGGUGAAGACAA